GGCGGGCGGCGGCCGGGGCGGCCCAGGGGCUGCCGCGGGGACUCGGGGCGCCGCCGAGCGGCAGGGCGCUGGGGCGGGCCGUGAGCACCGCGGGGCCCGGACACGGCAGGUUCGAGGCCGGGCCCCGCGCGGGGAGCCGCGGGGUGGAGACUUUGCGGCGCGGCACAGAGCAGGCGGGAGCCGGCGGGGGCCUCGGGAGCCCCAGGGCGGCCGGGCCCGGAUCCCGGGGGAGCCUCGCGGGCCCGGGCCGGAGCCUCGGCGUGUGCAUCCCCGGCAGGGCCCGGGCUGCAGGAGCACAGAGCAGCCGGGCCUCGCGGAGCUCAGAGCGCGCCUGACCCGGGGCGCACCGUGGGACUCGGGCGCGGGGCUGGCGGAGAGCUGCCCCGCGGGGCUCACAGCAGCGGAGUGGCCUACAGGGGCCCUCCCCCGGAGGGGCCGGGCCGGGGCGGGGAGAUGAACGGUUUCAGCACCGAGGAGGACAGCCGCGAAGGGCCCCCUGCCGCCCCCGCCGCCGCCCCGGGCUACGGCCAGAGCUGCUGCCUCAUCGCGGACGGCGAGCGCUGCGUCCGGCCCGCGGGCAACGCCUCCUUCAGCAAGAGGGUGCAGAAGAGCAUCUCGCAGAAGAAACUCAAGCUGGACAUCGACAAGAGCGUAAGGCACCUGUACAUCUGCGACUUCCAUAAAAAUUUCAUCCAGAGCGUCCGGAAUAAACGGAAGAGGAAGACAAGUGAUGAUGGCGGAGAUUCCCCCGAGCAUGACACUGACAUUCCUGAGGUUGAUCUGUUCCAGCUGCAGGUGAACACUCUCCGACGCUACAAACGGCACUACAAGCUGCAGACCAGACCCGGCUUCAACAAGGCCCAGCUAGCAGAAACUGUGAGCCGACACUUCAGGAACAUCCCCGUGAAUGAGAAAGAAACGCUCGCCUACUUCAUCUACAUGGUGAAGAGUAACAGGAGCAGACUGGACCAGAAAUCGGAGGGCAGCAAGCAGCUGGAGUGAGGCACCGGCGGCCAGAGGAGGCGGAGGUCUUGGUGAGAGGACAGCGGUGCGAUGCUUGAUGACAGGUGGUGUCUGCACAUCUCAGCCCAUAAGGACUGUUCACGUCUACUGUAAAUAAAGUUUGAAUGAUGGAUACUGUAAAUCUCUCUGUCAGGAGGAUUAUAUUCUUACAGGUUAGCAUGUAUAUAGAAAGACUUUCACUGCUCAGACUGGAAAACAGUAUCAUAAAAGGAAUUUUAAAACCAUGUCUUGAAUACUCAGCAAAGCUUUAAAUCAAUUCUCCUGGAAAUGCCGGGUGAUGUGCAUCUUGGCAGUCACCCUGCAGUACCGGGCAGCCAUGGGCGAGGCCCAGCCCUGAUGGCAUGGCUCAGUGACAGUGAGGCACAGAGUGGACCCACGUUUAGACUGACCGAUGCCCACUGGGGACACAGGCCUGCCGCUUUACUGCAAGUUUUGCCAUUUAGUAGCAAAUCAGUUUGACACUGGUCCCCCAGUGGCCCUGCGACCCGUCCACAGUGGGCACCCAGUGUGUGUUGGCCAGGGCUGUCACAGCCACGCAGCUUCUGCUUCUCUCCUCCCACCAGAGACCCGCCAUUUGUGUCCCACUCUGCUUACCCACCGGAGGCGGGGGAAACCCUGCCCCUCCACAAGGAGCUGAGGAUGCAGAACUGGCUGCUGCGAUUCUAGAAUUGACACGCAGAUGUCACAGGCUGAUGGUGGUGGUGCAUGCUUUAGUCCCACCACUCAAGAGGACAAGGCAGAAGGCCAGAGAGCUCCGGUGUAAGCUCGGCUAAAGACCCUGUUGCAGAAACAAAAUGGUGAACCUUGGGAUGGCCCAUCGGGUAAAGGCACUUCCUGCCAAGCCUGAUGAGCUGAGUUCAGUUCCUAGCCAUAUAGUGGAGAGAAUUGACUCCUGCAAACUGUCCUCUGACCUGCACACACACAGUCGAUAAAUACUUUUUUAAAGGUUUUAAACAAAACCAUAUCCCUCCAUGAGAGUCUUCUGCACUUUACCCAGAGUGAGGUAUAUACCAUAACCCACUGUGCGCCUGGCAGGGUGUGCUCUGACAGAGAGAUGGAGGGUCGAGGCUCAUGUUUUCUGUCUUCAGUUCACAACCUUCAGGAGAGCUGCCAAGGUCCCCGUGGGAAGAUGAUAUGUCUGGACUUGGCUCCUUGGCCUUGUGAGGCCAAAAAAAAAAAAAAAAAGUGUGGGCAGGGAGGAGACAAAAGUCACUGCCACCUGGUGCUCAAAUGAGAAAGUCAGAAUCCGCCUCCUUUCAGGGAGAAUGCUCGCUAAGGUCAUUUUUAAAGUAUUAAUUUUUCUCAUUGUUCAAGUCAGACUCUGCUGUCUAGUUAUGUCAGAACCAAAGCAUCCUGGGAGAGCAGAGCUUUCCUAUCCAAAGAUGUUUGCAGAAUCACCAGUCGGUGGGGCAAAGGACAUGGGUAGGAGGAUAAGAGAAAAGGAUUCCCAAGUUCUAACCAUCCUAGUGUAUAUUUGGUCAAAUGUCUUCUUUUCCUAUUUCAAUCCUGAGUUUCCCUUAAGCCUCAGCUAACAAGAGGACACCGGGGCCUGGUCCAGCAGCACCAUCUCAGCAAGCAGUUAACCCCACACUGAGUGAGUGAAGGUGUGUGUGAUGGUCUCCCUUCUGAGGAGCAGAACACCAUGCUUCUGUGGAAUGGGACGGGGGCCCCCAGUGUCACUAACUUACGGUGUGUUCCCAGAGUGCUCAAAAUGCAUGCCAAGCAGACUGCAGCCUGGUGGAGCGUGUGUAAAUAGGUGUAUGUGGAAUAUGAAAGGUGUCCUGGUUGCAAGCAAGGGCUGAGGAUGUGCCCACUGGGUGUUUUCUGUCCUCAACUCCAUGCAGAAGUCGGUCUCCCUGCCAUCACUGAUGGAGGCAAUGGGGGAGGAAGAGGGGGACCCAGGAGAAGCUGGUGUCUGAGGGCAGACGAGACCUUUAAUUUAACUGGCCCUGUGGAAAUGUCAGUGUCUUAUCAAGGAAGAAAAUGUAGCUUUCUGAUAUAUAAGCCAAAACUGUGGGCAUAUAAGUUGUAUCACUGUUUCUUCAGCGAUGAGUUUAGUUUCCUGUGGAGAGGCUUGCUUCUGUUUAAGAUCUGCCAUUGGGCUCCAUCUGUUGCCAUGACCAGAUCCAAGCUGGGGAGCAUCUGCCCUCCAACCAGUUCCUGUCCCAGAAUCCUUGUCCUCUGAUGCACGCAGCCUUAGAGAAGCAGAGGCCGGGCUAUCUUUUUCAACCUUUCAAACCAGAUCACCUGACAGAAAAGGCCAAGCUAUUCGAACUUACAUUUUCCUUAUGUCCAGAAGUCUGCUGUGUGAUCAAAGCAGCCAGCCUCUUGCCUCCCGUCUGCUGGCUAAGCCAUGGCGAAAGCUUGUUGUCUUCAAGAAGGGCUGAGGCCUGUCUUGGGGAGCAGCAGGGUUUGUUGAGAGAGCAGCGCUCAUCUCGGGUGCCUGUCUUCAUAUCGCCUGACCAUGCCUCUCACACCCCUCUACUCCCCCGCAAUCUGUGAUGGCGCAGCGUGGUCUUUUCUCUACUCGGUGCUCCUGGACAAAACUGGAAUUUCAAGUCCAGACUGGCAUGGCUUCCCACAGUUCCAUCCUGUCUCUGGUCUAGCCUGGUGUGGUUCUUCGGUGUGCCCUAAAGGUGAUCACAUGGAGACGUCCAUAGCCUACCAUUCAUACUGGGCUUUAAAUUUUUUACAAGGCGAAUGGACAGGCUUCUUGUAUCUCAUUUCAUGGAACAAACUGUGGGGAAAAAGGUCGUAGCCAAUCCUCAGGAAAGACAACAAACCAGAAUUCCAGGUGGGGUUGUGACUUGAGGGUUGGCGUCUGUGUGCUGCACGUCCCUGCCGUAGGUAGCGAUAAUCAUAGCAGCCUCUCAGAGAGCAGCUCUUAAUGUUGCAAGCAGAGCUUGUAGCUGCCUUUGUCGCUGUGCGUGUGUGAGUGCAUAGGAACUUCCUCUUCAUAUUUUGCCAAGUGACUGCCCGGUGUGUGGUAGUAGGAUAGCUUGUCCACUGUAGUGGGUGGUCCCGGGCAUAGUCCCAAAGAAGUGGCCUUAUCAACACCAUCCGAAGGCUCUCUGUUGUGUGACGGGAUCUAAAUAAGAGAUCGGAAGUCUUGAAUCCUCCCAUCCAGCUUCCCCAUUGGUGCUGACAUUCUCCCUACCCAUCUCAUCCAGGAAGCAUCUGUACUUGGCCACCUCCAAGGACAGAGAGCUCACUACCUCCUGGGGAAGACUCUUCUGUCAGUUAGCUUCUGGCUUCUCCGUGCUCUCAGAAAUUUGGGGGCCGUGUGAACAGAGUGGCUUAUUGGGCAAAGGACCCAGUCCCGAUACUGUUCCACACAUUGGAAGAACAGCUGGAUAUAACGUGUUUUGACUGCCUUUACCCCUAAGUUUUGGUCUUGGUUCCUUGUUGGAAAAUGUUGUAGAAACCCUUCAUGCCAAAGUUGCCAGCAGAGAAUCCUAGUCAUCGGAGGCCUUAGUCCCAUGCUGGCCACACAGAGUCUCAUGGCAUCUCUGAGGGGAACCCACAGCUGUAGCGUUUUAAACAGCACACGGCUUUGCCUGGAGUCUGAGGUCCCCAGGUUACUGAGGACUCGUGCCUUACGGUUCCCGUGAGGACUUCACCAGCAAAGCUGAAGUAGAUGGGAUGCCAGUUCCUCAGAGUCACUCAAGGUGGCUCUCCCAUCAGUUUUAGUGAAUUGGGGAAAUAAGUCCUAAGUGAUUUGCCAAGUUCACGUGUUAGUGAGGGGCCUUUGUGACCCGACCAAGUUGGUCGUUUGCAGGGUGACAGGUGAUCCGAGGUAAGCUGCCCUGACAUACCUCAGAGCUUAUCCCUGCCCCUCCAGGGCAGCUGAGCUCCUGGGAACAAACUCUUGCAGAAUUCCAGGUGGAAUGAUAGGGACUGCUGAGCUUAGCAAAAUGACUGGCCGAGGAGCAGACCCCCAGCCGGCUUGCCCGCCACAGCCCCCGGCUCCCCUGCCACCCAGGAUAGCUGUGAAUGUGGCCCACCACGGAAUCGAAAAUUUGAAGCAUUAUGAGAUUUGUUUUACAAUGUGUAAAACUCAGUUGUGGAGUUCUUGAGCAUAAAUUUUUUUUGUUGACAGUUAGGCCCAGAGAAGCCAAAGGUUGAGCCGACCCCUGUGGGAUGCAGUGUUAGCCUGCACCGCAUCCUUAUAAAGUAGGCUCUGCCUGUGAGCUCUGCCCAACUCCUGCCUGCCACCCUGUCUCUGAGGCUGGGUGAUGGCCCUGGCUCCAGGUCCCUGCUAACUAAGCAGGGCAGUCAGGUGAGGGGGGCAAUGAGCUCAGGCUCAUGCCCUAGGGACCUCGUGUGUUGGGGGGGGUGCCUUUGCGUUCUUUCAUUGGAUUGCAGACUGGUUCCAAGUUUAUGGUCAGGAAAAGUUUGAAAGUCACUGUGAUAUUUGAAGUGGGCAAAGUGGGCCUGGGGCUUCAGGCAGAGCAUCUCCGGUGGGUUCCUUCCCCCUGCUGCACCUCUGAACACAAAGCCUCCCUCCGCUUCCGGUCACGCGCCAUCCUUGCCUGCUUUCUAUUGCCUGUGAUGCCCAUUGGAGUGUCCUUGGGGAAUGGGGUUUGUCCGCUUUGUAACUGCCUUAUUGAAAAGUAAGUGCCCUUCCAUCCCAGGCCUCCGACUGUAUUUGUUUUCCUGCCAAACUUGGGGGGAGGGGGUCAUUUGUCUUUUGAUUUCUGUGCCUGUGGCUCUGUACUGUUGAAGGUCUCGAUUCUCUGGACUCUCCUUAGCAUGUAAGUGACUCCUGUCGCAGUGUCACACAGAUGGGAUGGCCCGACUUUUAUUCUCAAUAAAUGAUCUGAAUGAGCAAGA